UUUAAAUCUUAUCAAGGUCAGGCUAUUUUUAGAUUUAAUAAGAUGUUUAAAGUUUUGCACAUAACUUUUCAUUUUAGGGAGAGAUUUAUCUAAUUCAUGGAGGUAAAAGAACGUGUGGAUGAAAUAUUUCGGCUGUAUGAAGAUGCUGGACAGUCGCAGUAUCUUGGAGAGGAUGUAACAAAAACACAGCAUUCAAUACAAUGCGCCAUGUGUGCUGAACGGGAUGGCGCAACUAGCGAAGAAGUAGUAGCUGCCUUUCUCCACGACGUUGGCCACUUGAUUGGAAUGGACAAAGGUUUACCUGAAAUGGUGACAGAUGGAAGGAAUAUUGGGACAAAAGAUCAUGAUAUAGUCGGCGGACAGUAUCUCCUCAAUAAAGGAUUCCCGAAAUUCAUUUGUGAUAUCGUUGCCGGUCAUGUUCAAGCAAAAAGAUACCUCGUUUAUAAGUAUACGGACUACUACGAAAAACUAUCUGAGGCUAGUAAGCAAACACUGGUUCACCAAGGUGGGACAAUGUCAGAGGAAGAAGCUAAUACCUUUGAGCAAUCAAAAGCCUUCCAAACUAUACUAAGAAUGAGAAACUGGGACGAGAAAGCUAAGGACCCCACAGCAAAAAUGGAACAUUUAGACAAAUAUCGACAAAUGUGCAUCGACGUUCUGUCAAAACAGCGAGAAAACUAACUUAGAUAUGACAAAUAUAUAUUGCUUUUCUUCAAUCUAUUGUCAUUUUACUCUUUUUGUAGAACUAUUUGAUGUAUGUCUGUAUUAAGUAUUUCACAUUUCAAGACAUUAGACAACGGGUAUUACGUAAUCUGUCCACGUUCACUACUGAUAUUACUUAUGAUUUAUCAAACUAAUGCUUCGUCGGAAAUCGUGAUAAAUCAUUUAUAACUUAAAAUCAAGAUGUAACUUUUACUCCAAAAUAAUCAAUCUAUGUAUUCAACAAUUCAACCACACAACCAGGAAUUAUUUUGCAAGCUGUGAAAAAAAUAAAAACAUUUGUAACUAUAGUAUUGUUGAAUAGCCUUUUCACGAUUAAUAGGACUUACCAUCAUAUUAGCCAUCUUGAUACAUAAGGAGAAGUCGACCAAUACUGUCAUGGACAUCCUGGACGACAUCAGCUAUAUUGACAAGCCGCAAAAGCAGAUCUACCAUCAAUAGCUCAUUAAACACAAAAUAUA